GCGCCGCUUACAACUCAUUUGUUUAUUUAUGUCCCCCAUAAAAAUGAAACUGUAGCGCAUUCUCCCCGCGGGACGCCAAAUGAUGUAAAAGAAGCAUAUUUUGAAGUCUCACUCCUCUUUCUUUGUUUCACGAGUUGCCUUGACGGAGACACCAUGGGUCGGCUGGAUGAUGCUGCCAAACGCAAAGUGGUGGAACUGAGGAAGGCCGGUCUUAGUUUCCGCAAGAUUAAGGCAGUGCUGGAGUUGGAGAACAUCAAGGUGUCUGCACAGGCCAUCUACCUCUUCCUAAGGGAGUUCCAGGGAAGGCGACCGGGCAGGGUCAGACCUUUGAUGAUUGGUAGCAACACAUCGCCUGCAGAUAUACAGAGUCUACCUGGAGGUCUGCAAGAGAGCUGGAGCAACAUACGGCUCCAAAACCUGCUCCGGGAUGUGUCUCACCACGUUGGCUUGACUGCUGCAAACAGGUUUGCUAAAAAGGCAUCCACUGACCCGGAGACCAAUGCAAAAGCGUCUGGGUCUGGGGAAAGCAGUGGAGACAGCAGGCCGGUGCAGCAGCAGCAGCAGCAGCAGCAGCAGCAACAGCAACAACAGCGUUUGGAAGAUGGGGAAGAGAAUGAUAUCCAAAUUGUGAGCGUCACCUCUCUUGCACAGAACAGUCAGCGAAGAGCCGACACGAUUGCGACAACAUCUUCAUCCGGAACAUCGUCUGCGGCCUUCACCAGGCGGCGAAUCACUCCCUCUCCGGCCACCAGUUCCAUGUUGGCAGCCCGUAAGCGGCUUUUGGAUAAAGCACUGACACACAAGAUGAAGGUGGCAACAUUGUUGAGGAGAGAUCAUGCAAACGUCACAAGUUCAGAUUUAACUGCAAUGACACAACCACAACAGGCAUCAGCAUCCUCACAUUAUGAUCUGACUACAGAAAAGACUGGACUGGAGGAUGGUGGAGGAAACACAGCCAGGCGCUUUAUCGCACAGAGACCAGGUCCGCCCCUUCGUUCCACUCACACUCUGCCACGUGCUGGAAUCCGUCUUCCUAACCGCCCGCCAGCUCCUUUAACUUCCGUCCGCUUGCCGGCUUCCGGAGAUCCAGGGCCAUCUUGUAACGAGGGUAGCCAGCCGCAACAGGUAAUCCAAGACCUGAGAGGUGGUCUACAGGAUCAGAUCCAGACUCUAGGCAGUGAGGUGCGCAGCCUGGGCCUCGCGGUGAAGAUGCUGGUAGAGCAGCAGAGCCGCCUGGAGAGGGAGCAAGUACAGCAGACGCAUAUCCAAAAGCAGAUACUCAGCACCUUGCAGACCCUCGCCUCCAAAGUGGGACCGUGCAGCAACAAUCAGCCGCCGCAAAACAAAACACCUUCUCCUUCCUCCUUGCCCGCCGCCUCUUCAUCUGCUGCCUUUAACCAAGAUACCUUUAACUUCAACCAAGUCACAUUCAGCCAGUGCAGCCAAACCCAGGCAGCCUUUGACUCUUUAGAGAGUUUAGAACCUGUCGAGGCCUUUAAGCUACCAGUCUUGAGCCCCGCCGGUAUGAACGGAUUCCCUCCGUGUAGCAGCAGUGAGAGCCUCUCACUCACUCACACCCAGCCUCAAACUCAAUCGUACAUGGCCGCAUACCCUCAGCAAAACUGCCUCAUGCCCCCUUACGCUCAGUCUUACGUGCCCGCGUACGACAGGUCACAUACGUACAGAGAGGCGGGAAGCAACUGUGCCAGGAGGACUAUUCAGGACUGCAGUGUGUCCAUGCAGGAUGAACACCUCAAUAUUAUUAAAGUAGAGGGACCCUAAAUUGAUGAUAGCUUUUUUUAAAGAAGAUAUUUAUUUUCUAGGUAUAGUGGAACCUCAGAAGUUGAACACGUUACGGUCUAGUUCCCAAUCGCCCCAGUACAGCUGGGAUAGGCUCCAGCCCUGUUUUCGGAGAAAAAUAUUCUAAAGUUUGCUAAUUUGCCCAACGUUUGAGCCUGUUGUGUUUGUGAGUGACAUGAUGACAACCUGUUACUUGCUUGGAGAUGUCACCCCUGCUGGUGUGCAUUUAUAGAUAGCUCGACUCCGAAUAUAAAACACAUAGUUUUCAGACCUAUUUAUCUUAUAUUUGGGUCUAUAUGGUACAUUGCGGAACCCUGGUCAACCUGUAAUUUUACUUAAUCAUAACAACUUUAUUUGCUGUACAGGCAAUUUUUUUAAAUAAUGCAAAAUGACUCAUACAUUGAUUAGGACAACAUAAAAACAUUUGUUGUUACUGUAACACAUUUACAGGGAUGUAACGGUGUUAAAAUCCCACGCUAUGAUAUUAUCACGAUUUUAAGGUAUAAUAUUAAAGUUAAACUACCACUAUUGGUCACACACACACUAAGUGGGGUGAAAUUACUCUCUGCGUUUGACCCAUUCUGUCAGAGUUAGUUGGUGACGAACCCCAAGAUGCAGAGAUGGAGGCAGGCAUUGGAUAGCAAAACAUGAUUUAAUAAAAAUACUAAGACAAAAUCAAACAAAGGGUACAAACAAAAAGCGCGCAUGCGGGCGGAUAACAAACUAAGGGAGCUAGCAUGGGAGCUAGAAAACAAAAAGGAACUUAGCAUGGAAGCUAGCAAGAAUCGAGCAGGAAACAGAAGUCGUACAUGUAAUAUAAAAACAAACCUGGAAGCAGGAAACAAAAAGCAGUAAGCUAAAAACAUGUAACUAAAUAUAGCUUACCGCUACACAGCAAAGAUACGACACAACACAAGCGACAAGAAGUGACAUCGACAAGACAAUAAUCCUGCACUGACUAGAGGAACAAAGCAGGUAAAAUAGGAGCGGGCUGAUUGACAUCAGGUGUGGCCAGGUGCCAAUCAGCCGCAGCUGAGGAGAAACAGCGCACAGGGAAAAAAAUAGGAAACAGACAAAAUAAGAACGCUGACAGGAACUAAAAACAGGACAUACUAAACACACAGAGGAAACCAAGACAAAUGCAGAGAAAAAAAUAAAACACAAAAAAACUGUCAGGGGAAAGCCUGACACAUUCUCUUGUUCCACCCCCUGGGAGGUUAGGGGAGCAGUGAGCAGCAGCCGUGGCCGCGCUCGGGAAUCAUUUUGGUAAUUUCACCCCCAAUUGCAACCCUCGAUUCUGAGUGCUAAGCGGGGAGGUAAUGGGUCCCAUUUUUAUACCCUUUGGUAUGACUCGGACGGGGUUUGAACUCACGACCUACCUAUCUCAGGGCGGACACUCUUACCACGAGGCCACUGAGCAGGUAAAUGAUUGUGGUGUAUGUUUAAAAAAAAAGACUUAAAAUGCCAUAGUGUGCAAAAUGAAGUGGCAGAAAUGUUUAGAAUAAACACACUGCAAUUGAACACACACAUAAUGCUAAAAGUAGUUUUUAAGUACAAAUAAUUCUGCAGGUACAACCACUGUUUCAAGCAAAUAUUGAAAAAAAACUCCCAGUUGAAUGUCUUUAAAGUGACAAUGUAAACAAACAUCGAGUGUAGUAAAACAAUGCUCACUUUAGUGUCUUUCAACUUUUACUUUCUGAGAACCAGUGCCCUCUACAGUGGAUAUGUUUAUAUCCAUCCAUCCAUUUUCUACCGCUUGUCCCUUUUGGGGUCACGGGGGGUGCUGGAGCCUCUCUCAGCUGCAUUCGGGCGGAAGGCAGGGUACACCCUGGACAAGUCGCCACCUCAUCGCAGGGCCAACAGACAACAUUCACACACUAGGGCCAAUUUAGUGUUGCCAAUCAAUGUGUCCUCAUGUGCAGGUUUUGGGAGGUGGUAGGAAGCCGGAGUACCCGGACGGGACUCACGCAUUCACAUCAGUUUGGAAAAUAUUGUUUUGCAAAAAAGUUAACUAAUAAUUUAACUUGAAACAAUACAAAUACUUCACAAACUGAUGUUUAUCUUCGCUGGCUUCUGAGGGGCGACUUGUCCAUGGUGUAUGCUGCCUUCCGCGUGAGUGCAGCUGGAUUGGCUCCAGCCCCCCCAAGGUGAUUGAGACAGACAAGUGUUGGAAAAUAAAUGCAUGGAUUAAGGAUUCAUUAAGUAGCUUUUCAGUUUACUCCUAUUUCCGGCGGUGUACAGUUUUUUUUUUUGUGAUUUCCCUACGUGCGGUGCGGCGUGACCGACUUGCUCUGUGUCAACUUGGAAACACUCCAGACAAAAGUGGCGAUCUUUUGCUUUGCAGAAUGCAGACUUUCCUACUUUAACCAAAGAGGUCAUGUUUUCACCAGUGUUUGUGUGUUUGUUAGCAACAUAGCUCAGCGAUGGAAAGAUUUUGAUGAAUUUUUCAGGAAAUCCCCACCCUUCACCCCAAAAAAAAACCACACUAAAUUUCCUGCUAACGGUGUUCGAAGUCUGCUGCACAGAGGAUUCUGGGAGGUGUAUUUUAUGUUCAGACCCGGCAAAUGCUAAAGCGCCAGAAAAAAACUACACUCCAAAUUUUUGUUUUGAUACCGUCACACAGCACUAUUGUGAAGACUUUGAAACAGCAACACCGUUGUACUCCUACACAUUUUACAUGUUUGCUAAUUUGCCCAACCUCUGAGCCUGCUGUAUUUGUGUGUGAGUGACAGGAAGACAAGCUCUGACUUGCCAGGAAAGACGUCUUCUUGCACCCCGGCCGAGUCAUACCAAAGACUAUAAAAAUUAGACCCGUUACCUCCCUGCUUGGCACUCAGCAUCAAGGGUUGGAAUUGGGGGUGAAAUUACCAAAAUGAUUCCCAGGCGCUACCAUCCGCUGCUGCUCACUGCUUCCCUCACCUCCAAGUGGGUGAUCAAGGGUGAUGGGUCAAAUGCAGAGAAUAAUUUGUGUGUGUGUGUGUGUGUGUGUGUGUGUGUGUGUGUGUGUGUGUGUGUGUGUGUGUGUGUGUGUGUGUGUGUGUGUGUGUGUGAGACAAUCACUGGUACUUUAACAAACCUGCUGGCUUGCUUACUGUAUAGACACAUAGAUUCUUAGUGUAAGAACACAUAUUUUAUCUUAUCUUUUAUUUGGGUCAAUAAGGUAAAUUCCGGAACCUUGGAUAAGUUCCAAUUUAUUCUCGCAUUAUAAAAAUCGUAUUACUUUUUUAAAUGUUAUUUUUUAUUCAUGUGUUUGGGACGACUUAAAAACAAUAUAGUGUUCUCACCUCUCAUCCUAACAAACUUAAACAGGUGGUCGUCACUUCGCAUAAAAACACAACACAGCUUUUUUUUUCUGGUGAGCACUUUAUUACUAUUUGACUAUUGUUAUCGUCAAGACCAGCGGUGUCAAACGUACGACCCGCGGGCCAGAUUAGGCACGUAAACAGGUUUUUUCCGGCCCACGGGAUAAGAUUGCUAGUUAUAAUAAAAAUAAGCCAACAUUUUUUAAUGAAAGAAACUGGUGUUCUAAAUGUGUCCACGAGAUGUCAUAUUAGCAAUUAUUUGUAUCUUUGUAGAUCAUGCUACAUAUGUAAAAAAUAAAAUAAACCACAUGUUAGUGUACCAUUCGAGGAAAAUUAUCAAACUGCAUAAAUAACAUCCUGUAAUCUGAUUUUGAUUUCCUUUUUUUAUCUCGAUAGAGUAAAAAUGAACACCAAUGAGUUGGCUGAUGAAUAUUCUCACAUAAUGUAUUCAGAAAGUAUAAAUAAGGACAAAUACAGAUCGAAUACUAUCAACCGCAACAUGUAAGUGUAAAAAAAAACCCAUUAUGCAUUGUACAGUUUCAGAAUGCACUUUAUUUUAUAAACAAAGAAAGCAAUCUGAAGUUGUAUUUAUUUUUAAGUUAUCGUGUGGUGAUUCAGAAAGUAUAAAUAACGACAAAUAAAGAUAGAAUCAUAUCAACUGCAACAUGUGUAAAAAAACAAAAAAACAACAACAACAUUAUGUUUUGUACAUUUUCAGAAUAUGCUUGAUAUAUUUUAAACAAAAAAAAAAAAUCUGAAGUUGUCUUUAUUUUUAAGUUAUCGUGCCGGGAUUUUACCAGUCCGGCCCACUUGGGAGUAGAUUUUCCUCAAUGUAGCCCCCGAUCUAAAAUGAGUUUGACACCCCUGAUCAAGACAAUCAUGUUGUACUAAGCAGCCAUGACGUAGUUACUACUUCCCAAUUCAGUAAAGUACUAGCGAGGGCAGAAGUCAAUAUUUACAUAGUAUUUAUUUCUGGCAACAGCGUCAUUCCAGGUUCCAGGGAGGCAAUAUGGUUGAAAAGAGGAAAAUGUCUGGUCCCCACAAUUUCCCCGUCUUCCUUUUGUUCUCUUUCUAUCCCCUCCUGCUCCGACCCGGCUGCACCAAAUGAUAAUGUAGAUAUAUUUAAUAAAGUCAAAUUCAGAUAAGGCAACAAGAGAAGUAUCCCACAUUUCUCUUUUGUAAAGUAAAUCUGAACUAUAUUAUUUGCCUGAGAAGCUGGACAGGACAAAAAAAGAAAAGAGAAAAAUAAACACACGUGUCCAGUGUUAACAUUGCUGUGCUUUCACGCUGUAUUCUGCACUAUUAUACUCCACAGUCCCGCUCCGUUAUCUUGCUGCCCCAAGUCUCCUGUUACAUAAAAUGUGUCUUCAUCCAGAAGUGAAUAGAGGAUACAAGACACCAUCCUGCAUCAUUGUUAGUUAUAUCACCCUCCAAAUGAUGCAUUCAAUGUUUUUUUUGCUGUUUCCAUCAGUGAUUUUUUUUUUUUAACAGUUUUUUUCAGACGUGCUCCUAACCCUUAAUUAACUCAAAAGUUUUACGACUAACUGGGUGUUCAACUUCAGGUUCCACUGCACUGCACUGUACUGUAGCUUAGCCAACAGAGUGAUGAAUGGAAAAUAGUAAUAGAGUGAAAGCUAUAUCGGUGUAAUUGUAUUUAAGCUCUUUGUGAGGGGGGAAAAAAAAUAUUGUAGCGUCUUUUUUGAGUUGUUUUUAUACACUAGCUGCACACCAUAGAAAGCCAAAUAAACUGUUUGAAUUAAAGCACGAGUGAGAAAAA